UGCAUUUUUAAUGAACCGACGUGACAACACAGACUGAGCAUUGUGCUGUUCUCUAUAGGCUGCGGGUUUGUUUCCCCAUCGCCAUUUUCUGCCGCCCGACGGCUCGGUGUAAUAAUGGACACCGACUACUCGUCCGGCUCGGAGAACCCUGUGUACACCGAGCUGAAAUACUUCUGCAGGAAGAUACAGGAGGCCUACAAUGAGCUGAAGGAGGACCUGACACCCUACCGCGAUAAUCGCUUUUACAGACUGGCACCCAUGCGGCUCUACACCUUGUCCAAGAGACAUUUUGUCUUGGUCUUCGUGUUCUUCCUGAUCUGCUUUGGCCUCACGAUCUUCAUCGGGAUUGCGGGUCCAAAGAUUAUUGCUGAGCAAGAGCACAGUGGAGAACAGUUACUUCUCAAAAACCUCUCAGUCAAGACUGGGCCCUUCAAUCUCGUGUCUCCUCCCCUCACCACCUACAACCAGCAGCUGUGGCUCACCUGCGUGAUGCAGGUGGAAAACAGCAACAUGGGAGACUUCCAGCAGCCUUUUGAGAUCAAUGUUGAGCUGAAAGGAGUGACGCAGGACGCCAGUGUGAUGCACAUCAACAAUGUGCACCAGAAAUCCCGGACGCUACACUGCGGGGCCAAAUGUGAUGAGAUCAUUGUGCUCCAUCUUGGCUAUCUGAACUACACCCAGUACCAGGUCAUGGUCCGCUUCAACGGCCUUGAAAACAUCACAUAUGAAAUCAAGGUCAAGUUUGUGUGGAAAAUGUACAACCCCAGCUUCUCUCAAGUGGAGAUCUGGUUCCGAUUUGUCUUUGUGGUGCUGACCUUUAUGGUGACGUGUCUGUUUGCACACUCUCUGAGGAAGUUCUCUAUGAGGGAUUGGGGCAUAGAACAGAAGUGGAUGUCCAUCCUGCUCCCUAUGCUGUUACUCUACAAUGAUCCAUUUUUCCCGCUGUCAUUCCUGGUGAACAGCUGGUUUCCAGGGACGUUAGACACUUUCUUCCAGGCUCUGUUCCUGUGUGCGCUGCUGCUCUUCUGGCUCUGUGUUUACCAUGGCAUCAGGGUUCAGGGGCAGAGGAAAUGUCUGACGUUCUACUUGCCGAAGCUGAUAAUUGUGGGUUUUCUGUGGCUGUCGGCGGUUACACUGGGCAUUUGGCAAACGGUUAAUGAACUCCAAGACCCUACCUAUCAGUAUAAAGUGGACAUAGUGAACUUUCAGGGCAUGAAGGUCUUCUUCCUGAUCGUAGUUGCCCUCUACAUCCUCUACCUGAUUUUCCUGGUCGUCAGAGCUUGUUCUGAACUCAAGAACAUGCCUUACUCUGAUCUCCGGCUCAGGUUUUUGACAGCUCUGACGUUUGUGGUCCUUGUUAUAAGCAUGGUCAUCCUCUACCUGAGGUUUGGUGCCAAGGCUCUCCAAGACAACUUUGUUGCUGAACUGUCGACGCAUUACCAAAACUCAGCUGAAUUUUUAUCAUUCUAUGGUCUACUCAAUUUUUACUUGUAUACAUUGGCAUUUGUGUAUUCCCCCUCCAAAAAUUCACUUUAUGACUCCCAGUUGAAGGAUAAUCCUGCUUUCUCCAUGCUAAAUGACUCAGAUGAUGAAGUAAUAUAUGGGAGUGAUUAUGAAGACAAGCCUUUACGAAACGGACGUGCUAUCAAAGCAACCGCCAAGUACCAGGAUGAGAGUGACAGUAACUGACGAGGCCUCUGAUUGGCUGGUUGUUCCUUUGUCGUGUCCCUGUUGGAAACUAUCAUGUCUAUGUGUAAAUAAGGAGUAAUUGCAUUGGUAUUAUAAAAUGAUAAACUGUAUGUGUACAUAAUUAUAUUUUUUAAAGUUCAACGUCUACUGAAUGUAGUGUAUUUUACUGAAAGUUGGGGCAAUCCUUUUUCUUUGUUUAUGCCAUUUCCAUCUCCUUGUAAACAAAGGAAACAAACAGAUGUACAAUGAUACAAUUUUUACACAUUUCCUGAUAACAUUUCUUCACAACCUGAGUCGGAAUUGAUUGGGUAAAGUGUGAAUAUUAAUUUGAGAUUUUGUGUGCGUGUGAGAAAUGUUAUUUGUAACACUGCGUUGAACCACUCACUCUAUUGAGUUCUUUCUGCCAUUACAUUAUGUUCUCUGACUGAGAAUAAUGAGAAUGCAUAUUCGAUAUAUGCAUGCCAAAGCUGAGUUGCAUUAUAUCGGUGAUAGAAAGUAGAGGAAGCUUAUGCUGCCGCAGCCGUAAAUGCACAUUUUGGGUUCCUCAGCACUGGUAUGGCCAAUAAAUGUGAUUUAAAGUGCCAUGGCACAUGUUGGCUGUUGAUAAAUUUUCUUUUUCCUCAUGUUUUUUUUAAUACAGAGAGCCUUGGAUGGAAUAGGUCUCACCUCUCUAGACACUUUCUUUCAAAUCAGCUUUGUAAAUGCACUAGUUUAAGAAUUUAACUUAUUUUGCGAGAAAAUUACGACUUGAUACUGAACUUUCUGACUGUCCGGUAGCUUUGCUUGUGGUGCAUUGCUUGGAUUUAACACAGCUGAAUGUAGAGGACUACUGAAUUAUGUUAAAUAUUUCAUAUUCCCACACAUACAGUAGGCCAAUUUUAUUUGCCUUAUGUUGAACAUUUUAAGCAAUUGGUCUUUCUUCUCUAACUGCCCCCAUAUUGCUUGCAAUUUUCUGCAUUUUCUAAAACUGGAGGUAUGGACAAAAACAGCCCAAACUAUUUUUUUUCCAUGUAUUCAAAUCAAGAUGGUGCCAUGUCUUUACGUUUCUUACAUGGACUGCUGUCUCCAAUUGAUAAAUGGUUUGGCAUAAAUGUUUCCUAGUAUGUUGGAUAUUCCUACAAUUAUUGUUGCUUAGUAAGAUAAAAGCUGUACAUGUAUCACUGUCACAUCACAUGUAAAUAAAGCAACAUGGAUACAGCA